UGAGGCAGCAGUGCUGACCACUGAGUGCCAUAGGUGUGGGAACCCUCAAGACAUUUAAGAGAUAUAUAAAUGCGUAUUUGAAAAGCCAUUAUAUACAAGCCGAGUGUUGGAAAAUGGUAUUAGAAUAGAUGUUUGUUGACUAGUUCAAACACGAUGGGCUGAAGGGCCUUUUUCCAUGUUGUAUAAACUCCAGAGUCACCAUUCUGUGACCUGCUGGAGCCCCUAUUUUGUAUGCUGUCGAAACCUAGAGCCACUGGGAGAGGGAAGGAUACCAUCCUGACCCAUUCACCGACUGAUUGCAAACAGUAACCUCACAAUAUUGUAUUGUACUGGCCUCAGGGCGAUAUGCUAUGUUCAAACAGUAGAGGGAGCGAGUAGCGACUGAGGAGUCAAUGGAUUCUGCAGAGGAGCUCUCCUGGAAACAGAGUUGUGACCAUAGCAAUCGCUGCAGGUAACCUAGCAACCAGACGCUCACAACAAACUGGAGGAACAACAAUUGAAUGAAGUGAGGAGAGUGUGAUACAGGCAAGGAGUGCAAUAGGGUGUGUGCUGGCUGGAGGAGACAAGGGUUCAAACCCUGCUCAGGGCACAAAGAUUUGUGUGCAUCUUGUUUAAAAGGAGAGUAUAAAACGGUUGGAGGGACACUGUACCAUUGCAACCAUGUCUGCUACGGAAGUUCUGAUCACCCACCCGCAGGUUUCUCGCUGCAUUCCCGAGGAGGAACUGCCCUGCAAACCCUACUGCAUGAUCCGGAAUGAAGGGCUGCACUCCUCCGCUGGCCUGGCCACUGCAGGUUUCAGGACAGCCAAAUACCUGACUGAGGAAUGGCUGCAAAACAACUACGCCAAAUAUUACCAGGCAUUCGCCGACCGGGACACGGCGGAGUACGUGCACAAUAUGUCCAAGACCUUGAUAGCCGAGAGGGAGAGGCUGACCCAGGAAACCCAAGCCACCUCCACCAAGAAGCUGGGCGAGAGGCUGCAGGACAUCUUCUUCUGGAAGUCCGAGCUGAAGAGGGAAAUCGAGGACCUGCUGGCCGAGACCGAGCUCCUGCUUCAGCAGAAGAGGCGCUUGGAGAUUGCCCUGGACGCGACCGAGAUAGCCAUGUUCAUCUCCAAGGAUAACCUGCAAAACAGGGAAAGGCGUCAAGGCCCCGAUCUGGUCAAAGACAGAGUGGAAGACGAACUGCUGAAGGAAGUUGAUUUGAUUCAAAAUGUCCAAGGAGUUUUGAAGCGAACUUUGGAUGAGGUCAACAGGCAGAUAAGGAAGAACAGAGAUGCCAAGGAGGUCCUGGAACUGGAUUGGUCGGACAAAUACGAAGCAUACAAAAUUGAUGUCAAAGCCGGAGGCCUCAACAACCAAAGCACAAAUAUUCAAUUCCAUCCAAACUCUGCUAAGUUUGAGGACAAUUCUUCAACUCCGCAGACUUGGGCUGAGUUCACCCAUUGUAACAUUUAUAAAGCUGAACAGGAGCGAAUGGCCUCCAUUAAUCUUCGUGCUCUGGUUGACAAUGUGUUACUUGAGACCUCGCAAGAUCUGCGUUGUCAGUAUGACCGUGUCAACGCUGCCUUUCACCAGCGUCUGGAAGAACUUAACGAUGCAAAGGCUAAAUUGGAGUAUCAUCUGAGAAGGACACUGGAGCAGAUUGCAGACCAGGAGAAAAACAUCGCCCAUCUAAAACAGGCCAUAAAGGACAAAGAGGCCCCAUUAAAGGUCGUUCAAACUAGACUUUAUGAGAGGACCUACAGGCCCAAUGUGGAGCUCACCAGAGACCCUGCUCAAUUUAACUUGAUAUGUGAGGCUGGUGAAAUUGAGGAAUCCAUCGCUCUCUUGCAAGAGAAACUCCGAGAAGCCCAGGCAUCCCUGGAGAACUUGGAAAAUACUCGAAUGACACUCGAGAAGGAAAUCGCAAUAAAAGUAAACAGUAUAUUCAUUGAUAGUGAAAAGUGCCUGAAACACCGUGAAAGAUACCCAACCGUGAUUAGACUUUCAGGUUAUCAAUGA